AUGAAACCCUUGGCGCAAGCCCGGCUUAACGCGGACCUAUCCUUGCUUCGAGGAGUCCUGGCCAGACUCUCCGUCCCCGGUGAGGAAACACAAGCCCAGGCGAUAGGAAUGAACGCCGCUUUCAGGCUAGGAGCCAAACGAGAGGGCGGUGCCCCUCGUCCACUGAAAUUCGUCCUCGGAUCGAUGGAGGAAACCAAGUCUGCAUUCCAGCGUGUCUUCCGCCUGAAAUGA